AUGACCGCUGUUCAACUCAAGUUCUCUCUCCGGACUUCCUCCAACGUCAAGACUGUCCACCUGGCCGGCUCAUGGGACAACUACUCGCGUCAGAUCCCCCUCUCCCGAGAUGACUCCAAGCCGGGCUCGUGGGUUGGGAAGUUCCGCUUCCAGACCUCUAUGCUCAAGCUCGGUGGUCGGUACUGGUACUACUAUAUCAUGGAUGGAUACCAUGUUUCUCAUGAUCCCGCCGUUGAGUACACCGUGGAGCCCACCACUGGCCGCAAGCUCAACAUCCUCGACGUCCCCGGCGGCAAGAGCUCCAACCCUGCCCCCAAGACGCGCAGAGGAUCCACCGACGUUGCCAAGGGCCGCGCUCUGUCUCCAUCCAAGAUCCACCACCCCAAGCCUUCCAAGCCCUACGCCUCGCGCCAGAUCCGGGAAACCGACUUUGCUCCCAACAUGGAGGAACUGACCAUGCGCUUCGCCAGCUCCCGCAUGUCCGAUGAGUACUCGUACUCCAACAGCCCUCCCAGCUCUGUCGGCUCUUCUCUGUCGUCUCGCUCGUCUGGCAGCACCUCGCCCUCGUCUUUGUCGUCCAUGAGUGACCCACCCGCCUCCAUUUGCCACUGUGAACGCUAUGGCAUCACUCGCAAGGGUGACCGCGUCAAGCUCGACUGCGGCGGUAGCCGAUGCGGCUACGUGACCGAGUCCUCGGAGGCCAGCUGCUCCGAGUCCGACAGCGACGAGGAAUACCGCCGAGCUCGCAGUGCUGUGCGCCGCCAGGGAAUCGUUGUGCGCAGAUAG